AUGAAGCUCUUGUCCCUUGCCAUCGCCGCGAUCGUGGCUGCCACGACGGUUACUGCCCAGCAGCCUGCCACUGAUGGGGUUCGCGACCUCACCCUGGUGGACCGCCAGGCCCUGCCCGACCUCUCCAAGCUCUCAUCCUGUGCCCUCGUCUGCGUCCUCAACACAAUCUCCAGUGCCGGUUGUUCGUCACCCUUCGACACCAACUGCAUCUGUACCGCCAAAUUCACCAACCUCGCCUCGGCCUGCCUCGCCACCAGUUGCCCGGUCAUCGACGCCGUCCCGGCGCUCAACCUCCAAAAGGAAAUGUGCCCCAACCUCGGUCUUCCCGACCUCUCCAAGCUCUCGCCCUGCGCGCAGACCUGCGUGAUCAAGACCCUCACCAAGGCCAAGUGCCAAGGCCCGCUGGACAACAAGUGUAUCUGCGGCCUGCCGUUCGAGUUUGAGGUGGGACUGUGUCUCCUGGGCUGUGGCCUGGGCGACCUCGCGCCCGCCCUCCAGCUCCAGUUUGGCGUGUGCGACCCCAAGCCGACCAACGGGCAGUGUACGGCCACGGGACUGUGGAAGAUCCUGCAGCCCAACUGCUGGUUCAAGGUCGGGACUGUCAAGACCCACGCUGCCCGCAGUGUUAGUAACAGCUGGACGCGCCGGGGGCCGGCGAGCGUUCGCAGGCGUGUGGCUGCGGGCCAGCACCCUUAG